AUGGCUUCUGCAUUGGUCUCUCAGGCCACCGACCGAGUCUUCGACACCGACCACAACCAAGCAGACUACCAACUCCACCGCUCCCUCGCAUCAACAUGCCCCUCACCAAACCCUCACAAUUCUAGUUAUACGCCUAGAGGGCACGGAUGGAAUGCGAGCUGCAUGAGUCUAGAAUCGGAAUUUCUCUCUGACGUGUCUGGUCAAUUUGACGAUGCAGACGAGUUCGCAUCCCCUCUUCCCGAGCAUACUGGUAUCCCUGGAGAAGGCGAGAACGACUCUCCUUCGCAUUCUGUCAAGCGACGACGCUCGAACGAUUGGCCGCGGCAAGCGAUAAAUAACGACUCAUCUACGCGGACGGAACAUAGAUCUAGGUCUCGGCAGCGGUGGCCAUUUCACCAUUAUGGCCGACGGCCUGGUUCAGCGCAUGGGUCACCGCGCUCACCAAAGCAUGGGCGCUCCGGUCGGCGGUCCCGCUUUGUCGAGGGACACAUGAAUGAUACUGUCAGUGAGAAGCCACCUAGCAUCUUUCUACGGGAUGCUGGGCAGCAGAAUGAGCCUGCUCGCAGUGCUAGUAGACAGUCUGGGAUCUUUCGAUUCGGAAAAGCGAUUGCGUCGGCGUUUAACCCGUUUGGUGGAUGGGGCAGUGUGUCUGAGAUCUGGAGGGGGUCGCAGGAGGGUCAUCGUGAAGAAGACGUUACGAACGAUAGGCUUAGGCAGGCGGAGCUUGCUUACGAGGAGCUAAAGCGCUCUGGGUAUCAGGGUACGGCAAAAGGAAGCUACAUGCAGAGUCUUGGGGCAGCAAAUGCCAGUCUCCCAGACCAGACCUGGAGGUCCAUCCAGCAGAAGAUGGAGUACGGCAGUGGAGGUGGCCAGCAUUCACGACAGAGCUCCGCCAACACACCCAUCGACCGUGACUCUAUCAGUGGAAGCUCGCUCCGCCCCUCGUUUCCUGAUCUACGCAAGGCAAAAUCAUCACUCGGCAUCAAACGCUCGGACGGCAUAUCGUCCUUGCUGCAACACCUUGACAGCCGGGGCCAGGAAGUUCGACCACAGAAGUCCCGCAAAGAUAUGCAGCGGCAGGCCAAACUGCUCAAGCGGGUUAGUGACUUGGAGAGCAAGCUGGAUCGAGCUCGGCGAGAGCUGCAAGAACUCACCGGCGAAAAAGAGCUGCUGGUGCAGAGGCUUCAGGAAGAGAGGCCGUAUCAGCGAAAGUUUGUUCCCGGGGCUCUACCCUCGUUGCCGUCGGAAAGGCUCUUGCAUGGGAUAGACCCUGCAACAUCGCUAAGCCCGCUUGCAGAGGGCGCAUCGCAAGAGUGCGAGCCAGAACCUGACCCCCAAACACAAAUCCGUGUAGAGAAGACGCGCCUCUUAUCCCCGAAGCCUUGGCGCAAGGCCUCGGAGUCUACGCCUCGCUCGCGGUCGGCGUCUCGCAAGCGCAAAUCGCCAGGCCCUGAAACAAGGAAGCCAGAUCAAUCCGAUGAUCAACAGCAACAAAAUCCAUGCAGCACAGUACAGAAGGAAGACCCUCCUGCCCCAACACCUGAUCAGACACCAGUACCAGCAGAGCCAGAAGUAAUAAAAACCCCCUCGCGCAAAGCAAAGCUGCCUAAGACCGCCCGUGGAGACAGCCCUGGCUCCGUCGAGCGCAAGCAGAAGCAGAAACGGAGCCCCGCAGCAGCAGAGAAUGCCUCUUCCCCUGGCGACGACGGCGGCCGUGACAGUCGGCCUCUGCGGUCUACCAACCCGCGUAAUAGGUCUGCGACGCCCGUACUGAGGAUGAAGAAAGGAAGGGUUGACUUGCGAACUACAGCCUCGCCUGGUCCCGGCACUGGACCCGAUGAGAAUAAAGAGAAUAACACCGAACGUGACGGUGGAGAUGACGGCGAGACUGAUACUGGUGCUCACAAGCCAGAGCAGCAGGACGCUGAACCAGACCAAACGCCCACUACCUCAGCUUCUACAUCUACCACCCCUACCAGACGCAAAGCGAGAUACGAGUAUAUCCCACCCGUACCCCCUCUCCCGAAAGACCUCGCCGCAACAGCGGCCAAGGUCGAUCGCCGGCUCGCAAGGGAAAUGGGCAAGAGGCGUGUGCAGAGGGAGCAAGAUGCGAAAGCUAAGGCCGAGGGCUUCCAAUGGCCUGAGGAUAUCUUCUGA